AUGGGGAGCGCGGGGCCGAGGACGGUGCUGGUCACGGGCUGCUCCUCGGGCAUCGGGCUCCGUCUGGCCGUGCAGCUGGCACAGGACCCCGGCCAUCGCUACCAGGUCAUUGCCACCAUGCGGGACCUGCAGAAGGCGGCGAAGCUGGAGCAGGCCGCGGGCACGGCCCUGGGCAGGACCCUCAGCGUCCGGCGCCUGGACGUCUGCAGCGACGCCUCGGUGGCCGAGUGCCUGGGCAGCCUCCCCGAGCGCCGGGUGGACGUGCUGGUGAACAACGCGGGCGUGGGGCACAUCGGGCCCAUCGAGAGCAUCAGCAUCGCGGAGAUGAAACGCGUCUUCGAGACCAACUUCUUCGGGGCCGUGCGCAUGGUGCAGGCCGUGCUGCCCGCCAUGAAGCAGCGCCGGAGCGGGCACAUCGUGGUGAUGAGCAGCGUCAUGGGGCUGCAGGGCAUCGUGUUUAACGACGUCUAUGCAGCCUCCAAGUUCGCCAUGGAGGGUUUCUGCGAGAGUCUGGCCGUGCAGCUGCUUCAGUUCCACGUCUUCGUGUCCCUGGUGGAGCCGGGCCCGGUGGACACAGGCUUUGAGCAGAAGCUGAUGGAGGACGUGUCCCGCUCCGAGUUCCCCGGCACCGACCCGGCCACGCUGCACUACUUCCAGGAGGUGUAUCUGCCGGCCUCCCGCGAGAUCUUCUCCACCAUGGGCCAGAGCCCCGAGGCCGUGGCCAAGGCCGUGGUGCAGGUGAUCGGCGCGGCUCGCCCCCCCUUCCGCACGCUCACCAACCCGCUGUACACGCCGCUGACGGCGCUGAAGUACGCCGAGCCCUCGGGGGAGCUGUCCGUGCGCACCUACCACAACCUGCUCUUCAACUACGGUGCACUCUUCCACCUCAGCAUGCGGGCCCUGCGCUGCCUGACCUGCCAGUGCUUCCGCCGCAGGGUCGCCCCGGCCUGA